AGGCUCUCGUCGUCUCUUCCAACCCCGUCUGCCCUCACCCGACUUCCUCAACGAUGGCUGUCACGCAGCACAUAUUUCAGAACAUCCGGGUUUACUGGCUCGCAUUCAUCGCGUAUUGGGGAAUUGUUCUCUUCGGUUAUGACACUGGUAUCGCUGGUGGUGUCGUAUCGCAGCCCUUCUUCCAGAAGCAUUUCGGUCUCGUGAAGGCAGAUGGAACCAUCGAUACGAAGCGUUCAAAUGAAGUCUCCUCCAACGUCGUUUCCGUUUUACAAGCAGGCGCGUUCUUCGGCGCCCUUGGAAGUGCCCCCAUGUCAGCCAAAUAUGGCCGAAAAUGGACACUCGUCGGUUUCUCUGCCAUUUUCGCUGUCGGCGCUAUCCUCACAACUGUGGCUGGCGGUGCUAAACAUGGUCUUGCUCUCAUCUAUGCUGGUCGUGUUAUUUCUGGUUUCGGUAUUGGUGGCAUUUCCGCUGUGGCUCCCGCAUAUGUGUCCGAGUGCUCGCCCAAGGACGUUCGUGGACGUAUCACCGGCAUGUUCCAGAUCAUGGUUGCUAUUGGUGUUAUGAUCUCUUACUUCAUUAAUUACGGUGUCAGUCAAAACAUCAAGAUGAAGAAUAGUACCGACGUGUGGCGUGUUCCCUUCGGUUUCCAGUUGGUUCCUUGCGGUAUCAUGUUGCUCGGUCUUUUCACCGUCAAGGAAUCUCCUCGCUGGCUCGCAUCUGUUGGCCGUAACGACGAAGCUAUUCGUAACCUUGCUUAUCUUCGCAAGGAGCGUGAAGACUCCGAAGUUGUCCUCCACGAGAUGGCCGAAAUUGACGCAGCCAUCGAGGAAGAACGGAUUGCCCGUGCAGGUCUUGGUUUGAGAGAAGCACUUUUGGGCAAGGGGAACUUCAUCCGUUUCGUCAUCGCCUUCGUCAUCUUCUUGCUACAACAAUGGGGCGGACAAAACUCUGUAGGUUACUACGCCCCUCAGAUCUUCUCAUCCAUUGGAUAUACCGGCGCCAAGAACUCUCUGCUCGCAUCUGGAAUUUACGGCGUUGUCAAGGUUAUUGCCACUGCUUUCUUCAUCUUCUUCGCGGCAGACAGUCUCGGUCGUAAGCUGUCUCUCUUCAUCUCUGCUAUUGGCAUGGGCACCUUGUUCUUCAUCAUUGGUGCUAUCCUCAAGACCCACCCUCCCCCUAAGCUCAUCCCUGGCACAACCAUCAACCCUCCUCCCGCAUCGAAGGGCAUGGCCGCCAUGUUGUACAUCUACGUGUGCUUCUACUCCAUGGGAUGGGGACCACUUCCUUGGGUCUAUGUCUCCGAUAUCUUCCCCACCCGCACCAGGCAUUACGGUCUCGCUCUCGCCAGCGCGUCCCAGUGGUUAUUCAACUUCGUUGUUUCUAAAGUUACCCCCACUAUGAUCACCAACCUCGGUUUCAAGAUCUUCUUCAUGUUUGGUACUAUUAACAUCGUGGCAAUGGGUGCCUUCUCUCUCGCUAUUCCCGAAACCAAGGGCCGCAGUCUGGAAGACAUGGACAUCAUCUUCGGGUCCAUCUCCGCAGAGGAACGUCAAGCUCACAUUGUUAAACAAGAACAUGACCACGAGAAGCAUGAGACCACGUCUAGUCGCUCUGAUAACGCUGAGAAGGCUUAAUGAUUUUAUGUAAUGGGAUUCUGCGGCAAUUGGACCUGUCAACAACACAUAGUAAAAAUUAUUCGUUGUCGUCCAAUAUGUACUUGGAUAUUUCUCUUUGGGCUUUUCCUAGAACCUCCACAUCGUGAAGUCUCCUACGGCAUUCGAUAUUCAUUCUUAUGUACUUUUAUCGCAUGUUAGUCACCCCUGCAUGAAUUUAACGUUCUAAUUC